AUGAUAUCUACAUUGAAUUCCAGCACAGAAGAUUUUGUUGAUUUACCAACAGAUGUCUUCCAUGACAUCUUUCUUCGUCUUCCAUACAAAUAUGUAUACAAAUUCAGGUGCGUUUCGAAGGUAUGGCUUACACUUCUCUCUGAUGCUUCACUCGUGAAAAAGGUAUUCAAGACCACUACUAGUAUUUUGAAUCAAUCACCUGCGUCUCAUAUCCAAUUAUUUCAAGCUUCAACCUCUCAAAAACUUCAUCAUGAGAGUCAUAAUGAAUUUUGUUUCAAUCUUCUCAAAGAUUCAUCCAUAUGGCGCCUACGCCUUUUAGCUUCAUGCAAUAAUGGUUUAGUUCUGUAUUCAACACGUCGUUGGAGGUGUUACUACGUAUUUAAUCCGCUAACAAAACAACGAGUCUCACUUCCUCGUCGCCCUAAGCAGGAUAUGGGAAACGUUGGAUAUACUAGACUAGUAUCAGAAUACUCGGUCAAUAAUCUUACAUGUAACUAUAAGGUGAUUUUCAUUCCAGUUUUUGUCAGUGAUGCUGGUUAUUUCAGCUUUCAGAUCUUCUCUUCCCAAACGGGUGCGUGGAAUAUACAUAAUAUUCAAGGUAGUAAAGGUAUAUUUACUUGUUAUAGUGAUAUGAUUAUCCGCAGUGGAGUCUUGUAUUGGACUGAUGAAGACGGUGGGAGCAACCAGCAUAUCAUCAGAGCUUAUAAUCUCAAGACUUUUCAAUGCGAAAGGAUCGAAUUGCCGACUAAUUGGCCUAUAUAUAAGAAGCUUGAUGGGUUUUUUGGUAAGUCAGAAGGUUCCAUCUAUUAUGGCCACAUUGAUCAGACAAGAGAUAUGCCGGAUUUUCUCAGUGUUUGGGUACUUGAGGAGGACCACACCAAUGGAGGAUGGGUUUGGCAACUGGUGCACCAUAAUAUUGAACUGGAGGGUCACGUAUCAUCGGAAAAAGUUGGUGGCAUGCUCAAAUAUUUCAAUCCGGUGGACCGAAAUGUUGUGAUUUUCGCAAGUGAUAGCUUUUGUUUGGCCUAUAACAUUGGAACUGGAACAUUUGAAGUUCUCCGUAGUUCUUCUGUUCCUCCAUUUAAAACCAAUAUAACUAUUUCUUCAUCGCCGCUUCCGAUAACACCAAAAUCCACACUGAUUCCUUCAUUACCUUGA